CAUCUUCUUCUCUCUUUUGUCUGCUAAUAAUGGCAGCCACUCAUCUCUCCUUCUCUCUUCCUUCCCUUACCAAACCUCGCUGCCUUCCACGUCAUCACCGACACGGUGUCUCUGUUCUGACGAGGAACAGUAGAAUGAAAACUCGGGCUACGGCAGGGGACUUUCUGGGUGAUUUUGGAGCGAGAGACCCAUUCCCGGAGGAGAUAGAAAGCCAAUUUGGAGAUAAGGUGUUGGGAAGUUUUAAUACAGAGCAUAAAAUUCUAAUUCCUAGACUCUCUGCUCUCUCUCUUGCUCAACAAGAGUGUACUCCUCUCUCUCCUCUUCAGCCUCCCAUGUCCAAAGAGGACGCUCAAUUGCUCAUAAGAAAGGUUAUUGGCUGGAAAAUUCUGGAAGAAAAAGAUGGACUUAAACUACAGUGCUUGUGGAAGUUGAGAGACUUUAAAAGUGGAGUUGAGCUUAUUAAUAGAAUUAAUAAGGUUACAGAAGCGUUCGGACAUUUCCCAGAUCUGCACUUGGAACAGAGCAUUCAAGUUAGAGCAGAACUUUGGACUGAAUCUAUCGGAGGCUUGAGCUUGAAUGACUUCAUAAUAGCAGCCAAAAUAGAUGAUAUUAAGACAUCUGAUCUUGUCCCUAGAAGAAGAGUAUGGGCAUAAUUUGAACAUUGUUUCUUCUUCAAGAAACUCAAGAGCCAUGUUUUGAUUCUUCUUCAAGCCUGCCUAGUGUAAAUGCAUCUUUAUUCACUUGAUUGUAAUUGGGAAACAUUCCAAUGUGUAAAAUCAUUACCUACCCCUUUUGGUGCUAUUAGUUCAAGCACUCAAAUUUUGAA